CGGACUUCCAACGGAUCCCCCUUCCCCCGCCCGGUCGAUUGUCGAAACCGCAUUGCAACGUUCUCAUGGGCCAAUUGUGGGAUUACUUGCACACUGCAGUACCAGCUCCGUUGAUGGACGCCGGAGUAGAGGUUGUUGUCCUUCACGACUAUGUUGUGAAGAUCGACCGCGAGUUCAAGACACAACGGUACGACGACAUCAACGCGCCAUUGUUGUACAUACGCAUUCAGAUCGGAGAGGCAACCUGCAGCACUUUGAUCGAUUGCGGAACUACUCGCAACUAUAUCAGCCAAGACUUUAUGGUACGCACUGGCCUUGGGCCACGCAUUCGGAGGAAGUCGCAGCCCACGCAAGUCAAGUUGGUCGACGGUCACACGCACAAGUCCAUCGACCGGUGCAUUGAUUUCGUCCCCGUAUACUUCGCCCCGCAUGCAAGCGAGGCCGUGUCCUUUGACAUUUUGGACACCCAGUUCGACAUGAUAUUGGGCAUGUCAUGGCUGCGAAGCGAGGAUCACCCGAUAAGCCUCUACCGCCGCUCCUUUCACGUUCGUGAUCGGAACGGAGUACUAGUCCUAUGCACGGUGCCUCCACCUCACCCUUCGAUCAGCUGCCACGUGGUAUCCGCCGCAAGCAUUCGAGCUUCCAUCACCAGGGACGACAUCGAGGAGAUGGGGCUGUGUUUUCUCCACGCCCUCCCUCCCCAUGACAUUCCAUCGACGGACGCAUCAACGGACCCACACAUCACCGAGCUUCUCGACGCCUACGGCGAUGUGUUCGAAGCCCCGCACGGAGUAGUACCGGAUCGGCCCAUCCGCCACGAGAUCAUCCUCGAGGCCGGGGCCGUACCUCCGCGUGGUGGCAUCUACCGCAUGAGCGAGGAAAAGAUAAGUGUGCUACGGGCACAACUCGACGAUCUUCUUGAGGAAAGUUGGAUUCGGCCUAGCUCUUCACCAUACGGUACUCCCGUUCUCUUCGUCCAGAAGAAGAACAAGGACUUGCAGUUGUGCAUCGACUAUCGCAAGCUCAACGCACAAACCGUCAAGAACGUCGGCCCUCUCCCGCGCAUCAACGACCUUCUCGAACGGCUAGGCAGCGCUAAGUUCUUCUCCAAGUUUGACCUCAAAUUGGAAUAUCAUCAACUUGAGAUCCGGCAAAAAGACCGCUACAAGACCACGUUCAAAACGCGAUAUGGGCAUUUCGAAUGGCUGGUUAUGUCGUUUGGCCUUACGAACGCCCCGACCACUUUCCAAGCGGCUAUGACGACGGCGUUCCGACACAUGCUGGACAAAUUCAUACUCAUCUACCUCAAUGAUAUCUUGGUGUACAGCCGGAGUUUGGACGAGCAUGUGGAGCACCUCCGCACCGUUUUGGACCAGCUUCAACAAGCCGAGUACAAAGCCAACCGCAACAAAUGCGGAUUCGCACAGCAAGAGCUCAAAUACUUGGGCCAUUAUGUGACGCCGCAAGGCAUCUGUUCGCUUGUGCACAAGAUCAAGGCCAUCCAUGUAUGGCCCGAGCCCACCAACACCACGGACGUUCAUUCAUUCAUGGGGUUGGCGGGCUACUAUCAGCGCUUCAUCACCGAGUACUCAAGGAUUGUUGCACCAUUGACGAGAUUACAAUCGCCAAAGGUGUCAUUCGUAUUCGAUAACAACGCGUGCCGGUCAUUCCAAGCACUCAAGACGGCCAUGCUCAUGGCACCCGUCCUUAGCAUCUACAGCCCCACCUUGCCAACGAGAGUGACUACUGACACUUCCGGCUAUGGCAUUGGGGCAGUCUUGGAACAACACGACGGCGACGACUGGCACCCCGUGGAGUACUUGAGCCACAAGGUGCCUCCCAUCAAUUCACUUGAUGAUGCAAGGAAGAAGGAGUUGCUCGCGUUCGUGAUGGCUCUGAAGCGAUGGCGGCACUUCCUCCUUGGUCGUCAUAGGUUCACAUGGGUCACUGAUAACAACCCAUUGACCUACUACAAAACGCAGGAUAAGGUGAGCAUCACUAUCGAACGACGGAUCUCCUUCAUCUACCAAGUUGACUUCGCACCGAAACAUCUCGCCGACGGCGACGACUAGCACCCCGUGGAGUACUUGAGCCACAAGGUGCCUCCUAUCAAUUCACUUGAUGAUGCAAGGAAGAAGGAGUUGCUCGCGUUCGUGAUGGCUCUG